GCCGCGGCCGGACCUCGCGCACCUCGCCGCGAGUAAUUUACGACGAGACCGGCACGGGAGAUAAGCCUUGACAAAUUACGAAACUAUUUCCACUCGUGACGCGAUCCGAGGCCCGAUUAUUUGAAUUUAAACGCGGGGCGGCGAUAGUUCGCAAUCCUCGAUGUCGCGCAAGAUGGCGGCCAUCGAAACAUCGAGAGGAAUCAUUUUGCGGAAUCGUCUUUUCAAACGGUUGCGCGUCGAAUCUUGCGGACGAGGAUUUUUCAGUUUUCCACAGAAGACUGCCGGAAUCAUUACUUGUCGCUAUAGAGAUGAUUCGUGAUACACUGUAAAAAUUAUCGAUUGAUUCCGUAUUGUGUUGAUCGUGUAAACAUAAUAAACGACGCGAAAUAAAGCGUUGUUAUAGCAACUAUCUUUAAUCCAACAUCGAUUGGCGUCGACGCUCAAGGUGAUGUUUUCAAAUUAGUUGAUGACAAACCCGGCGAAGAAUUGAUAGAUCGAAAUGUCACGACCAUACGUAUUGAAAUUAUGCUACGCGAUGAUAAACGCCAGGACACCGAUGAGGGUUUUCAGUCAAUUUCACCUUAAAUACAGUCAUUUAUUGAACACUGCCAUGUGUCGGAGAGGUUAUACUCGGUAUAUCUCGCAAGUGCCACCGCGGAUUUGUUAUCCGCUGUACAGAUUGGUGGACAAGGUAUUUUCCGAUUAUCCCGUGAAACCUUCAACGACAGCGAAAGAAGAAUACAGAAGAUAUGAUAACAAGUAUAGAAGAAAUUACAAGCACCUUGGAAUGCUUUUAAGCGGCCUUGGAUUUAUAGUGGCCCUUUGCGAUGCUCCAAAUUUAGCAGAAAAGAGAUUCUUUCGAGCUGUUCAAUAUGGUAAUAUUUCUGAAUUAAGAAAGGCUAUAGCAGAUGGUAUUGAUGUAAAUGUCAGACAUUCCUUAGGUUGGACAGCAUUGCAUACUGCUGCUAUAAAUCAAAAAGUAGAAGUCAUUAAAAUUCUGUUACAUAAUGGGGCUGAUAUAAAUGCAGGAGAUAAUUUUGUUAAUGUAUAUAGGACUGCCAUGGAGAAGGGCUUACAUUCUUUAGAUGUCCUCAUGAAGAGAGAGGAAGAAUUUUCUGAUCGACUGAAUAAUCGUGCUACAUUUCAAGGUUUUACAGCAUUGCAUUAUGCUGUGUUGGCCGAUUCAAAAAUUUGUGUGAAAACAUUAUUAGAUGAAGGAGCAAACCCAACCGUAGAAAAUGAAGCCGGACAUCGAGCGGUUGAUUAUGCUAAAGAAGGAGAAAUUAAAGAAAUGCUCAUCAAACAUGCUAUUAAAUAUGAUGAAAUAGUAAAAGAAAAGGAAGCAGAGGAACGUCGUCGAUUUCCAUUGGAACAACGUUUAAAACAACAUAUUGUUGGACAAGAAGGACCAAUUUCUAUUGUCGCAUCUACUAUUAGGAGGAAAGAAAAUGGCUGGAUAGAUGAAGAGCAUCCAUUGGUAUUUCUCUUCUUGGGUUCGUCAGGUAUUGGCAAGACAGAAUUAGCUAAACAAUUAGCUGCUUAUAUUCAUAAAGAUAAACGAGACAGUUUUAUUCGAUUGGAUAUGUCUGAAUAUCAGCAAAAACAUGAGGUUGCAAAAUUAAUUGGAGCUCCACCAGGAUAUGUAGGACAUGAUGAUGGUGGACAAUUGACAAAACUUUUAAAAAAAUAUCCUUCUGCUGUAGUACUAUUUGAUGAGGUUGACAAAGCUCAUCCUGACGUUUUGACUAUUUUGCUACAGCUCUUUGAUGAAGGGAGAUUAACUGAUGGUAAAGGAAAGACAAUUGAGUGCAAGAAUGCUAUUUUUGUCAUGACAUCAAAUUUAGGAAGUGAAGAAAUUGCAGAGCAUGCAAUGCAACUCAGAGCGGAAGCCGAAAGAUUAUUAAAUCAUAGAUUAAUUAAUUCUGAUGAAGAUCAAGAACCGGAACGUAUCGAAAUAUCUCGUAACUUUAAAGAUCAAGUGGUACGUCCGAUACUGAAAGCUCAUUUUCGGAGAGAUGAGUUUCUGGGAAGAAUAAACGAAAUAGUAUACUUUUUACCAUUUUCUCGAGCAGAAUUAAUGAAAUUAGUCACCCGGGAAUUAGAAACAUGGGCCACGCGUGCAAAAGAAAGACACAUGAUCGAAUUAAAGUGGGACAGAGAGAUCUUAUCGGUAUUAGCAGAUGGAUAUGAUGUCCAUUAUGGUGCUCGUUCCAUUAAAUACGAAGUGGAAAGGCGUGUUGUCAAUCAAUUAGCAGCAGCUCACGAACGCGGACAACUUGGCAAAGGAUGCUGCGUCUUGCUAAAAGCAAAAUGGCAUGAAAGCGGCGCGAGCAUAACUCUUUCUGUUCGGCAAAAGGGUUCAAAAAAUUUUGUCGAUAUCAUAGAAACAGAUAAAUUGACAGCAAACAAUUCAAAAUUUUUAUUAUAAUUAAUGCCAUAUAGAAAGAAAGAGAAUGCAGCUUUAUUUUUCAAUAACUUGUACAUAAACACAAUAAUGCUGAAGAUGUAUAGAAGUUGGUCACAAUGAUGCAAUUAUGAUUGGAUCGAGAAUACAUUACAAGAAAAUAUUAAUUACACAUCACAUUUAGAAUACAUUACUUGCUCUUCGCGGUGUGUACGUGUACGGAGACGAGAGACCUAUUUUUAAAAAUUCCUCAAAA